AUGCCUUCGUCACCGAGCAUGGGGUGGUCGUCAUCAGCCGUCGGUCCCUGUGAAUCCUCCUGGAUGGUCCCUGUGAAUCCUCCUGGAUGGCCCCUGGAAGCGGUGGUAAGGCCGAUAUGCUGGCGCCCGGCCUUGCCGCUUCCACCGGCUGAGUCAUUCGACUCUCGUCGCUAUCCGUCGACGCGCAGACUGUACCUGGACGAGGCACAGUAG